UGAUUGGCUCCUGGGUACAUAAGGAACCGGUGAUUGAGCGGUGGCUGUGGGCAGAAACUUGCCGGAGGUCUUUGGUUGGCAUCGCCCUUUCCUGCUCGCCAGUUUGCUGGCGGGCGGAAUCUGGAGAGGAUGAGGUCGUCCUGUGUCCUGCUCACCGCCCUGGUGGCGCUCGCCGCCUACUACGUCUACAUCCCCCUACCCAGUUCUGUGGCUGAUCCCUGGAAGCUGAUGCUACUGGACGCGACUUUCCGGGGCGCACAGCAAGUGAGUAACCUGAUCCACUACCUGGGCCUAAGCCAUCAUCUGCUCGCCCUGAAUUUUAUCAUCGUUUCUUUCGGCAAGAAAAGUGCACGGUCGUCUGCUCAGGUGAAGGUGACUGACACUGACUUUGAUGGUGUGGAAGUCAGAGUGUUUGAAGGCUCUCCAAAGCCAGAAGAGCCACUGAGACGCAGCGUUAUUUACAUACACGGAGGAGGCUGGGCCUUGGCAAGUGCAAAAAUUAGCUAUUAUGAUGAACUAUGUACAACAAUGGCCGAGGAACUGAAUGCUGUCAUUGUCUCCAUUGAAUACAGGCUAGUUCCAAAGGUUUAUUUUCCUGAACAAAUUCAUGACGUUGUACAUGCCACGAAGUAUUUCCUGCAGCCUGAAGUCUUACAAAAGUAUUCAGUUGACCCAGGCAGAAUUGGCAUUUCUGGUGACAGUGCUGGUGGUAAUUUGGCUGCAGCUCUGGGGCAACAGUUUAGUCAAGAUGCCAACCUAAGAAACAAGUUCAAACUUCAAGCUUUGAUUUAUCCAGUUCUUCAAGCUUUAGAUUUUAAUACACCCUCUUAUCAGCAGAAUGAGAACACCCCAAUCCUACCCCGCUAUGUCAUGGUGAAGUAUUGGGUGGAUUACUUCAAAGGCAGCUAUGAUUUUGUCCAGGCAAUGAUAGUUAACAAUCACACUUCACUUGAUGUGGAAGAGGCUGCUGCCCUUAGGGCCCAUCUAAAUUGGACAUCCCUUUUGCCUACAUCCAUCACAAAGAACUAUAAGCCUAUCGUGCAUACCACGGGCAAUGCCAAGAUCAUUCAAGAGAUCCCUCAGUUGCUUGAUGCCCGUUCUGCCCCACUCAUUGCAGACCAAGAAGUCCUCCAGCACCUCCCAAAGACCUAUAUUCUCACAUGUGAAUAUGAUGUCCUAAGAGACGAUGGGAUCAUGUAUGCAAAGCGUUUGGAGAAUGCAGGCGUGGAAGUGACCCUGGACCACUUUGAGGAUGGCUUCCAUGGGUGCAUGAUUUUCACUAGCUGGCCUACCAACUUCUCAGUGGGAAUCCGGACUAAGAAUAGUUACAUCAAGUGGCUGGAUCAAAACCUGUAAAAGAGUACAACUUCUAGAUGGCUUGAGCCCGUCUUCACCUGCGCCUGCUUUGGAAGGACAUGCACUUUUUAGUCUACUAAUUUUCCCAUAACUUUUGACUUAUGGCAUCUCUAUUCCCUGCAGAGUUUAUGAUAAUGUGUUUGUUUUGUUUUUAAUGAACUUGAUUAAUGUUAAGUGCAAAACAUCUGAACCUGAUUCCCAAAGU